AGCGUCGGUCCGCGGAAAAUUGUAAAAUCAUAAUUGUCCGGGAGUAUAUUUUAUUUAGCGCGUGGUUAAAACAAAUAUGCGCAAGCGUAAAAUGUAUAUAAACUAAAAACAUCACACGACGCGGAAACUAACAAGGAAUUACAGCUGUUAUCCGGUGUGCCCCAUCAGACCCCCCACCCGGCGCUUGAGUAGCAGCUUAAAAUGGAUGUACAAGUCAAGCAUAGAGAUUAGUCGAAUCCUUUGAAUUCUAAAUUCAAGAUCCUAAUUUAAAUUAGCCAAGUAGCAUAGCCUAGCCCAGGGCAUCAUCGCCUAGAAGAACGGUUCCAAGCCACCAGCAUUGUCACGUUCACACAAACCCCCCUCAACCCCCCCACCAGAUCCAGAUCCAGAUCCAAAAGUCAAUCAGGGAUCCUCUGAAAAUAGUUCACUAAGGGUCACUGGCAGGCAACAUGACGACCGACACCCGCCGACGCGUCAAGUUGUACGCGCUGAACGCGGAGAGGCAGUGGGACGACCGUGGCACGGGCCACGUCUCCUCCAACUACGUGGACAGAUUGAAAGGCAUCUCGCUGUUGGUACGCGCCGAAGCCGAUGGAUCUCUGCUGUUGGAGAGCAAAAUCCAACCGGAUACCGCCUACCAGAAACAGCAGGACACCCUGAUCGUGUGGUCCGAAGGUGAUAAUUUCGAUUUGGCAUUGAGUUUUCAGGAAAAGGCUGGUUGUGACGAGAUAUGGGAGAAGAUAUGUCAGGUGCAAGGAAAAGAUCCUUCUGUAGAAAUAACACAGGACAUCGUGGAAGAGUCGGAGGAUGAGCGCUUUGAGGACAUGUCAGACACGGCUCCGCCGAUCGAGCUGCCGCCCUGCGAACUGUCCCGCUUGGAGGACAUUUCGGAGACGAUACAAAGCUGCCUCUCAACUCCACUCCGAAAGGAGAAGCUAUCGAUGGCCCUCGAGUCGGAGAGCUACAUCAAGAAACUGCUGAACCUGUUUCAUGUGUGCGAGGACCUCGACAACACCGAGGGUCUGCACCAUCUCUUCGAGAUCUUCAAGAACAUAUUCUUGCUGAACAAAAACGCCUUGUUUGAGAUCAUGUUUGCGGAUGACACCAUUUUUGAUGUGGUUGGUUGUCUCGAGUACGAUCCGAGCGUGGCACAGCCGAAGAAGCACCGCCAGUAUUUGAAACAAUGGGCCAAGUUCCGCGAGGCGGUGCCGAUCCGAAACCAGGACCUGCUCGCCAAAAUCCAUCAAACGUUCCGAGUGCAGUACAUUCAAGACAUCAUCCUGCCCACGCCAUCGGUCUUCGUCGAGGACACCAUGCUGAACACUCUGUCCAGCUUUAUAUUCUUCAACAAAGUGGAAAUUGUGACCAUGAUCCAGGAUGACGAGCGUUUCCUGCUUGAUGUCUUUGCCGUUCUAACGGAUCCCGCCACCGGAGAUGCUAAGCGACGCGAUACGGUCCUUUUUCUGAAGGAGUUCUGCAACUUUGCACAAAACCUGCAGCCUCAGGGCAAGGACUCGUUCUACAAAACGCUCACCUGCCUGGGCAUCCUGCAGGCGCUUGAACUCACGCUUGUGAUGAACGACAAGAAGACAAAAUCGGCCUCCAUCGACAUCCUGACGGCCAUCGUCGAGUUCUCCCCGCUGGUCGUACGCAACUACACUCUCAACCAGGCCAAUAAGCCAGAGGGGGAGCGUAUGUUGCUGAACAUUGCCAUCGAACAAAUGCUAAACGACUCUGAGCCCGAACUGGGCAUUGCUGUGCAGUUGAUGGGCAUUGUGAAGAUCCUGCUGGAGCCGGAGAACAUGCUAACCGAAAAGGGUGAUUUCCUAAACUUCUUCUACAAGUACAGUGUCCAGACGUUAGUGGCUCCUCUGAUGCUGAAUACGAUGGGCGAUCGUCCGCAGAACGAGGACUACCAGACGGCCCAGUUGCUGGGUAUAGUUUUAGACAUUUUGUCGUUCUGCGUGGAGCAUCACAGCUACCACAUCAAGAACUUUUUGCUGCAAAAGGAUCUCCUCAAGCGAAUUCUGGUGCUGAUGAAGAGCACACACACGUUCCUUGUCCUCGGCGCCCUGCGGCUGCUUCGCAAGAUUAUUGCACUCAAAGACGAGUUCUACAAUAGACACAUUGUCAAGUGCAAUCUUUUUGCGCCUGUGGUGGACGCCUUUAUUCGCAACAACGGUCGCUACAAUCUGCUGGAGUCGGCCAUUCUGGAGCUGUUUGAGUUUAUAAAACUCGAGGACAUUCGCACCCUGUGCGUCUACUUUGUGGAGAACUUUAGCAAGAUAUUUGAUGAAAUCGAAUAUGUGCAGACAUUCAAGUACUUGAAGAACCGCUACGAUCAAUACCAGGACCGGCUCAAGGACCGUGACAAGAUGGAGAACCGAACGGACGGUGGCCCGCCCAUCAUCCGCAGCGGUGGCCGGUUUCGUCGGGACCAGCGCCAAAUGGAGGAGGAGGAGGAGAUGUGGUUUAACGAGGAGGACGACUUCACCGAGGAGAUCGACACCUACAACAACGUCAUUAAAUCCGUCAGUGAAAAGAACGGCCCGCAAACACAAAACCAGCAGCAGAAAUCCUCACCGCCACAUGGAACGUCGCCGCACAGUGGUCUUCUGGGUAACCUGAAUGCUAGCGCAACAUCUACGUCCACAUCCGCCUCGUCAGGAGCUCCCGUGGCCAGUGGCAGCAGUAGCCCCGAAGCGAGUAUCGCCGACGAGCAGACUCAGGCGGCGGUACAUCUGGCUGCCGCUGCCAACAUUGCGUUGCAGCACCACCAGCAACAGCAGCAACAACAACAGCAGCAGCAGCAGCACCCAUUCCAGCAACAGACUCAGCCUGAAAUCGCAAAACUGCAACAGCAGCUUGGCAAUGUGGAGGCGCCGCAAAGUCAAGACCUUGAUCUGGUGCAAUCGACGGCAGCGAAUGUAUCGCCAUCGUCGUCAUCCUCAUCCUUGGAGGCGUCAACGUCCGCGUCGUCGUCAUCAUCAUCCUCUUCCUCGUCAUCCUCGUCAUCACCACCAGGCCCCUCAGCAUCUCUCUGCGAUUCGGCGACGGUGGCAGCGGUGGCUGCCUCACAGUUUCUUUCAACAAUCGCUACCGCAAUGGCGGCAUCCGUUACGGCAGCGGCGGCUACCACCUCAUCCUCUAUCCCGUCGGCGGGACCGUCUGUUUCCAGUCCAGAUACCGAUGCAGUUGACGUCCAGUUGUCGGCUGGCGACGAUGCCAACAGCCAGGACAGCUCGGGAGAUCGGGACACCAACAACACAGCCGAUGCAGCAAGUAGCGAAGCAGACAAGGCGACAGCCAAAAAGGGUCUGGUGGACUACGAAAGCGAUUCUGGCGAGGACGACUACGAGGAGGAUGAAGAUUCCGAGGGGCCACAAGCACAAAAGCGCGCGCGUCUGUCAUAGUUAGCAGACAUCGAGCAUGUCGACGACAUCAAUUAUAAAUUAGUACCCACGUAAACACACACACACAGCAAACAGCAGCAAACAAUAAACAGAACAGAAACAAAAACAGAAAAUCACACCAACGAAUGUUAGGAUGGCAUAUUGGCAGACGCAGACAGACGACACGGCACACACAGCUGACAGCGGUACGAUGUAAGAUCGAACAAGGAAAAAACAAAAACAAAAACAAAAACAAAACAUACAAUUAAAUUUUAGCAUAAAAUUUAUUUUAAACGAGAAAACAGAAACAUUUAAAGUAAACGAGAAAUUAUAUAAAUUACUUUACUAAAUUAAACAAGUACAUAUAAAUAUAUAUUCAAGUAUAUAUAUAUAUAUUUAUAUAUAUAUAUGCAUAUGAGAACACAGAUAACUAUAGAGAGAUCCGCAUCCUCGUGCGAGAUGCAUUAAUGCAAAUGCUGCGCGCGUUGUUUGGCAGAUUAAAAGAAGCAUUAACGAAACAAACCAAAAUAAGCAUGUAUUUAGUAGUUAAAAGCAAACCCAGACGACCAGGACGAGAGCUGUCAGGUGGUGUAGGACAUCUGUAUACAACCAGCAUUCAUAAUCGCAACUACAUACAUAUGUCGCUUGCUAAGUCCUCCCCCAAGUUAACAAAUCCUCUCCAGUUGGCUGCUGCCCCGAAAAUGUUGUGUGGAAAAGCAAUAAUCAGUUUUGUGCAAUAUUUUAUGUGUGUGUCUGUGUUUAUAAGACAAUUGCAAUAUAGUAUAUGUUUUACCAAUCGUAGUUCUAAUGUUUACACUUAAUCGCUGUUACCUAUUCUAUCUGAGAACACAAAGAAACACACUUUCCUGCCAAUCGCACUAUCACGCCUUACAGCGUUGUUUACAACCAGCAAUUUAGGUAAACAAAUCUUAUCUCGUCGAGAUGCUCUGUUCGAGUUGCUGCUGUAAAUUGCACUGUAACUUUGCAAGCAACGUAAAUAAUUGUAAUUAAUUUUAAUUUCUUUCGGUGUAAACAAUUCAAACAGCGAAUAAUAAGUAUUUUGUUAAGAGUCGUCGUACGAAAUGUUGCAAUUGUUUUCUAAACAUCAAAACAGAACCAGUGGCCGGCUGGACAAAUUUUGUUAACUAACCCAAGAGUUAGGCGCAGGAGGCACCCUUCAACCCAUUGAACUUGUAUAUAAUUUAGUAAUUUUCCACGCCCAAUUUGUUGAGAAACUGCCCAUGCACCACAGAUGACAACCAACAGCCAUUGCGGUAAUCCGACGUUUGUAAAAUACCAAGCAGAUUGAGAUGCCUAGUAGUUGACUCUUUUGAACGGAAACUCUUUUUUGAAAGGAACUAAGCGAAGCGUUGUCUGACUGUAUAAGAAAUAACAAAAACAAAAACAAAAGAAAAAUAAUUGUUGCGUUACCUUUGCAUUAUUGAACCAUAAACCAACACACAAACACAUCAAUAAACAACUAAUUAUAAUGAUACCAGAUAAACUUAAAGUUAAACUAAAGUGGGGGAAACAAACAAAUAACACGUAACAAUAAAGUGAAAGUAAAAGUAAAAGUAAAGUAUAGUCUCCUUACGUUUUUCCGAGUAAGCUAUUUUUUUUGUCCACCUUAACUAUAAUAUUAAUUUGUACUAAACGAAUGUAGUAGGGUUCACCAACUUGGGGAAGACCAUGCCCAACGCUGAACUACCAUGAAAUCCAUGAGGGAGCCACAGAAAACGUACAGAAAAGUAAUAAAGUUAUUUGUUAAAUACAUCAUAUAUCGUAUCUGCCAUGUGCGUCUGCGUACUGUACUACAUUUAUUUAUUUUAGUAUUUAAAUUGCAAUUAAGGAGAACUUGUCACUGCAAAUGGUUUCCCCCCUUUCUCCAAUAUACAUACAUAUAUAUAUAUUAUAUGAUGUAGGUGUGUGGAGUUCGAACAUACAUACAUAUAUCCUUCCAAGUUGUUGUUUUUGUUUGUCUGCAAAUUGAGCAACAAUUACAAUACGCAUCCGCGAAAAAAAAUCAUAAAACCAGAGAGAGAGAAAUAUUAAAAAAAUAAAAAAUAAAUAAGGAAAAGAAAAUGAGAAACUAAAAUGAGAACUAAAAGUAAACGAAAUGCGACAAACACUAUAGUUUAUACAUAGUAUUUAUAUGAAUCGUGUACUGUAUAUGAUAUGCUGUCUAAUCCCUAAUCCUAACACACACAUACCCAUUACAUCUAUAAUUUGAAUAUUUUAUUUAGUUUUUUAAGCAUCUGUGCGUAAAAAGCGAUAUAUAUAACUCUAUAUUAUGAUUAUGAGUAAAUUAAAUAAUAGUUUUUAAUAGUUUUUAAACAGAAA